AUGUUCGCUCUCGCCUCCUCCGCCGCCGCCGUUCGCGUCACCGUCCCGGUGAACUCCAAGCGCUCCGUCGUCGCUCGCGCCGGCUUCAAGGACUCCGUCGCCGGCAAGUCCAACUGGAACUCCUACGAAGGUGCCGACGAAAAGCUUCUCUCCCCGGAAGAGCUCAAGGCUAAGAACGCCGAGGAAGAGAAGAAGAUCCAAGCUCGCCGCGCCGAGGCCGCCAAGAAGAUGGAAGCCGAGCGCAAGGCCGCGGGCAUGUAA